UCGCGUUGGGCAUUAAUAAAGAAGGCUGGCUCCUAAGCCCACUCAAAUCGUAUCUUCCAUUUGAUGGAAGCCCUCAAAAUGGAGCUCUGUUUGUGAAAAUGGGAUGUUUCUUGAUGUUCAUGGUUAAAACUUAAAACUAGUUUACCACCAACUUUAUUUGCUACAAAUACAUUACUUUCAGUUUAUUUUUCUUCUUUCGACAGUUCUUAUAUGUCUGUCGCUUUCCUUAUAAGGGUGAAAAGCUUCUACAAGGCUGGGCUUGAAUGUAAAAAAUCAUAUUAAUUUACUAAAACGGCUUAAUCACUUAGACUGUUAUUUUGUUGAUAAAUUCGUGAAUCCAGUUCCUUCUUAGUACUAAUAAAUUGUACUAUAAUCUUGCUCACCAUGUACCGAUAACUUGAAAUCUUGAAUUACUUUUCAUAAGAAGAUAAGUGAAUUAUUCUCUAUCCUCAUAAAUAUGGUUCUCAUCUCAAAAGUAAACGGUCUUUCAACCUUGACACUGUCAGCAUAACUCCUACCUUGUGGACUAUGGUAAGCUGCCUCUGCCUUGGAUAUGAGGAAUUCCUAAAAAAAAGGCAAAAUCGGGUAUUUGACGAAGAUCUUCCUAUCAAUAGAUAGGAGUGCAUAAGAGGGUUGUGAGCUAAGUACAAUGCCCCAAUGUUGUCACAGUGAGCCGUGGUUGGCGACUUCAAAUAAACAUAGGGUCACUUAACAACUGUUGAAGCCAUAAAACUUCUGUUUGGACAAUGGCGAGUGCACUAUAUUCCGCCCCUGCCCCUGGUACUUCUUUAUGCCCUAAUUAGCUGAUUCUAGGACGAAAAUUAACGAUCCAACUAACCAAUGCAAACAAUAUGAUCUCAAUAAUUGAAGAGGCCAAAUUAGAAAGAGAGAAAUUGGCAUCUCUAACUACACUAAGAGACGUGUCGAAUUCAUGUGGUAAAACCGUGGCAAAAUUCAGGACCGGUAACCAGAAUGUACUGGAAAGGAAGAAGAUGCAAAACUGAAAACUCCCUAAACCCUCUAGCACCAGAAGAAAAUUCCUGAGGACCAAUUGCUGGCCUCAAGUUCUUCUGUCUUCUUCCUCUUCCUCCACUUGGCAGUGGAGGCCGAGCAGCCAUGGACGGCUCCCAAAUUAACCACGUCACUCCCUUUUCACCAUAUGUCGACGUGGAGCUUCAAAUAUCCUCACUUCUCCUUUCCCCUUUCCCUUUAUAAUCCUGCAACCACCCCACCACCAACCCUCAUAACUCACUCAACCGAAGUGCAAACAGUUACCUCCUUCCUCCUCUCUAAAGCUGCAAGCUUGAAUUUGCCUAUCUUCUUUUCGUGUUUAGAUUGAAGCAAUUUCACACCUCCCCGAUAAAAUGGCCUUGACCUCGUCGACCUUGCAAACAAUUUUCGCCAACCCAGCUCUGGCAAGCCGGGCCAGAACUACCUGCUACUCCUUCCCUCGAAUUGCUACUGUUCCACGCCUGAGCAGAAAUGCCUUCAGAUGCAUGGCCACUGCGGAUGAUGAGAAGGCCGCAGAACAGAGCAGCGAACCUGCAAGCGCUCCCCCAACGACAUCUCAAAUCCCUACUAAUCCCACUCCUCCCAAGCCGCAGGCGCCCAAGGUGAGCACCAAAUUCGGCGACGUGUUGGCGUUCAGCGGGCCGGCGCCCGAGAGGAUCAACGGCAGGCUGGCGAUGGUGGGAUUCGUGGCCGCCUUGGCGGUGGAGCUGUCCAGGGGUCAGGACGUGUUCACCCAGAUCUCCGAGGGUGGCGCCACCUGGUUCGUUGCGACCAGCGUGCUGUUCACUCUCGCGUCCUUGAUUCCUCUGUCCAAGGGGAUCACCGCGGAGUCGAAAUCGAAAGGGCUGAUGACCUCUGAUGCGGAGAUGUGGAAUGGUAGAUUUGCCAUGUUGGGGCUUGUUGCUCUGGCCUUCACAGAGUACGUCAAGGGAGGUCCCUUUGUGUAAAUCGUGCGUUAUUUUGUAGGCGUGAUGGUCGGCUGAAGCCUGUGUAAUGUUUGUGUAUUUAUAUGCUUCUAGUAAUUAGUAAAUAUAAUACGAAUGAAACAAACUUUGAUGAGGAAUUUUAGCCUUUUACCAUAGCCCUAGGAAUUCUGAUUGCAUAGCAGUUUUCUUCCCUACCCAAUCCAGGACAACAAUGAGUCGGGCUAGGUUCAGGCCUCACGAUAGGGUGCAUAACUAUGGGUUAUGCAUCCAUCAAUAACCAAAUCUGGACCCUUUAUUUAGAAAAUUCAGACUUAAAGAAUGAGAAUUAAAGAUCAUUUUUAUUUUUUCUAGCUUUCUUAAUUGACUCAUAUCUUUUUCGUUUUAACUCGGAUUUUAAUUUUUUUUGCACAGAUGGACUGAGUUCAUCAUGAUCUAUUGAAUCUGCAAAUUUCUGGGUGAACAAAUUACAGGACCAAAAAAUACCACACAAUACCAUACAAUACCACCUUGGUACGGGGUGGUAUUGUAUGGUAUCUUCUUCAUUUUUAAUUCGUUUUUGAAAACGUUUGCACAAAAGGGACGAGUUCAUCAUGAUCUAUUGGAUCUACAAAAUUCUGGGUGAACAUUUUACAGGACCAAAAAAUACCACACAAUACCAUACAAUACCACCCUGAUACGGGGUGGUAUUGUGUGGUAUACAAUGUUAAAAGUCGUAAAUGACAAUUAAUAUACUUCUACUAUCAUGUAUUCAACCAUCCUACAAUCUUGGUUUGUUCAUACCACCAUGGUACGUUUUUCAAACCAUAGGUAUGCUUUUAUUUCAAUACCAGUCAAUAAAUAUGGUAUAGACUAGUAAAAAAUGGCUCAAUUUUUUUUGUUCGAAAAAUAUAUUAAAGUGGAUAUCAUUUUGAAGAGCACAAUUAAUCUGAUCUAACUGUGCAAAAAAAAUUAAAUUUCGACUUAAAAUGAGUGAGAAAUCGUCCGUCAAAGAUUAAAGAGGGUAAAAUUAAAGGCUUUCCAGGAGAGAGAGGAUGCUGAUGUCAUGCUGAUGUGGAUGGGUUACUCAUGCUUACUCACCAUAAGGUUACUCACCUGAUUCAUUCUCUAGGUUCAGGUCCUUAAGCCUCACAAAGAAUUAUCUUCAGUGAUUGCUAUUGGCUGAGAGAAUCUGGUAGUUAAUAGGUUGCUAAUAAUUGACUGGUAGUUAGGGAUAAUUAAUGUAUUAAUUAAUUAUUAAAAAAAAUAAAAAAUCAGCCGCACUCAUAUAAUAGUUAGGGAUAAUUAAUGUAUUAAUUAAUUAUUAAAAAAAUAAAAAAUCAGCCGCACUCAUAAAUCACCUUCACAAUUCCUAUGCAAAUGGCGCAAAAGAUGCUAAAUGCGCACGACAAGCUUAUAUCGCCGGUGCUGGUUCUUGCCUCUCCGACCUCGGUCACUAUAUAGUUAUGGAUAUGAUGUAAAAGCAUGAAUCAUUAAUAAAUAUAUUGUAAAGCA